CCAAUUCUGGAUAUAUAAAUAUAUCAAACUUUCUCGGAAAAUCACUCCCAACCAGAAAACGCCGAGGGAAAAAGGAAACCAGUUCAUCGGCGGCGGCGAGGGAAAGGAAGCGAGAGACGGACGAUAUGGCGUCGUACGUCCCGUGCUGUGAGACCGCGUUCUGGCUCUACGUUCUGAUAAGCAUAGGUCUCGUGGCGUUUGCCGGACUCAUGGCGGGUUUAACGCUGGGUCUCAUGUCUCUCGGACUCGUCGACCUCGAAGUUCUCAUCAAAUCUGGACGUCCUCAGGAUCGAAUUAAUGCCGGAAAAAUUUUCCCAGUUGUAAAGAAUCAGCAUCUUUUGCUCUGUACUCUUUUGAUUGGAAACUCCAUGGCCAUGGAGGCUCUUCCGAUAUUCUUGAAUAAGAUCGUGCCUCCGUUGGCCGCCAUCGUCAUAUCAGUGACUCUCAUACUCAUGUUUGGAGAGAUACUUCCGCAGGCAGUUUGCACUCGUUACGGUCUCAAGGUUGGAGCAAUAAUGGCACCGGUUGUCCGCGUUCUUCUUCUGCUGUUCUUUCCCAUCUCUUAUCCAAUUAGCAAGGUCCUCGAUUGGAUGCUGGGUAAGGGACAUGCUGUUCUGUUACGGAGAGCAGAGCUAAAGACGUUCGUGGAUUUCCAUGGCAAUGAGGCUGGGAAAGGUGGAGAUUUAACACAUGAUGAGACCACUAUCAUCACAGGCGCACUCGAAUUGACUGAAAAGACUGCGAAAGAUGCCAUGACUCCCAUAUCGAAGGCAUUUUCCCUUGAUCUGGAUACAAUUCUUAAUUUGGAAACAUUGAAUACAAUAAUGGCCAUGGGCCAUAGCAGAGUUCCUGUUUAUUUUGGAACUCCAACACAUAUAAUUGGGCUCAUUCUGGUAAAAAGCCUCUUGUCAGUUGAUCCAAGAAAAGAAGUUCCUCUUAGAAAGAUGACCAUCAGAAAAAUUCCCCGUGUCUCUGAGACGAUGCCACUGUAUGAUAUCCUAAAUGAGUUCCAGAAGGGUCAGAGCCACAUUGCUGUUGUGUAUAGAGAUCUCAAUGAGCCAAAUGAAUCUCCUGAAACAAGCGGGAAUCUUGUCAAACACAAAAAGAACAAGAAACGUAAAGAGGGAAAGUUUAAGGACAAUUGUAGGAAACCGAAAAUUCAAGUUGAGGUCUCUGCAGAGAAAGAAGUUGGAACUGAAACUGGAGAUGUUAAGGUCCACACAAGCGAAAACAGAACCGAGCAGCAGCAGAAGAUGACUCAAUCAGCUGCUUCAGCUAAGAAGCGGCAUAGAGACUGUUCCUUCUGCAUUUUGGACAUUGAGAAUUUUCCAUUGCCUGAAUUCCCACCCAACGAAGAGGUAGUAGGGGUCAUCACCAUGGAAGACGUCAUUGAGGAACUUCUUCAGGAAGAGAUUCUAGACGAAACCGACGAGUAUGUGAACAUCCACAAUAGGAUAAGAGUGAACAUGAAUGCUUCUCAGGAGAAACUCCCAAGCUUAAACUCGAUCACGCAAUCAUCAUCAUCUAACAGUUGUUCAGGGUCCUCGAGCCCCAACGGAGCAUCACUCGCACCCACGACAACAGAUUCGAGUCCUACCACAAAACCUUCUGCUUCAGUGAACCCAACGUUCUCGGAUCUUAAACGGUCCGGGGAAGAUCUCUCGACGAGUUCAUGAUAUCUGGGUUAGAUUUCUCUUCUUCCUCUAUGAUGCUUACCCAUGUUUAUAUAUAUAUAUAUUCAUUUCAGAUAGAUAGUUAUAGAAUUCAAAAGAAAUCAAAAUGAAGGAUCUUGUUGGAGCAAACUUAGCAAAAGCAUACAAAUUUUCUUGGUCGGUGAAAGCUUGAAAUUGUAUAAGAAUCCGAAUUUUACAUUUCCAUAUUCUGGGGAAUUUAAAUAAAGAUGUUUGGCCGUGUAUAUAUA